AAACAACACACCUCCUCGCUCAAUAUUUCGCCCUUUGGCGCCUCGUAUGAGCCGUAUAGCCGCUUCUAAGGGUGAUUUAGAGGCGGCCAGGGCCUCACUAGUGCCCGUGAGGGGUGAAAUGAGGGGAAAUAAGGCGGGAGAGGGCGAGAAAUAAGCUCGGUGUUAAAAAGUGGAAAUUGCGCAGUGCUGCCAUCUAUGAAGCCCCCGCGGAUGAUCUCCCUCUUGAUUUUUUGGCAUUUACGGCCAUUAACGGCCCGUGACAGUGAAUUUUGGGGUGAAACCUCCCCUGUGGCGGCUGUGAGGAGGCCUAGUGAGGCUGUGCAGAGAUGUGCGAGUGCGAGAUAAGGUGUGGUGGCCCCGGCCUGGCCACCUCUUCUCUGUUUAUGUUUGGCAGUGGGCCAUUGAUUUUCAUAUCUGAAAGUAAUUUCGAAAGAUGUCUAGAAAUUUGAGGCUCUAAGUGACUUUGGGACGGCCGUGAGGAUGUGGCAAAGUGGCAGUGGGGGUGAUUGUAAGGGGGGAAAGUGGUGCAAAGUGCGGAAAACUGUGACUGGAGGCGGCCAGGACUGGAGGAGAGGCACCUGCCGACUUGACAUGCCAGGUUGCGAGCCUGUUGUGUGAGCUGACAGGUGUGUGGUGGGGGCCAGGUGUGUGCCAGGGUGGCCUGGAGGCACGGGGCCAGCUGUGGCUGCGGGUGUGUGUGGAGUGGCACUCGAGGCAAGGGCCAAGUGAUUCCCCUAUAGUGGACCGUAGGAAAUUAUGACAAGGUAAAGAUGUCAACGCGCAUUAAGAGACAGCUAAGCAAGGCUGGGGGCUCGGCCGAAGGGGGAGGGGGCGCCCCAUCUGCUGCUGCUCGCAAAAAGCGCCGUAUUGACAAUUCUGGAUCAGAUGAUGAAGAGCGAUCUGUUUGGACCCCCAAACAUCUGGGUGAUUUGCGGGCAUACAAUCGGUCCGCUUCAGAAGCCCCUGCUGAGUUGUUCCGCAAGGACCUGAUCUCGGCGAUGAAACUUGCGGAUAAUGAACCACUAAGUUCCGAAGAUUAUUGGGGCAUUGGUGACCCAUGGAAACAGGAAUGGGAGCGAGGCGUCCAGGUCCCCGUCAAUCCUGACUCCCUACCUGAGUCUAGUGUCACCGUUACUGUACAAAGACAACAUCGUGACCGUGAAGCCAACUUUAGGCUUACAAAGGACAAGUUUAUCCGCGUGAACCAUGACGACUUCUUCAGCAAUGAGCAGCACAUCCUCAGCAACCUUCCAACUAAGGCGGAGAAGAUGUGCCGCUACGACAUGGAUGACCUAGACGACAAGUGGCUCAACGCUUAUAAUGGAGAAAGAGCAAGAAUGGGUGCUGCUCCAGUUCCGUCACUAAUCUUCGAGAUGAUCAUUGAACAUCUUGAGGAGACGUGCUAUGAAAACAUCCACAAGUUGCUCAAAACAGAGGAGUCUCUCUCCAUCGAGUUCGAUGAAGAUGUUAUCUGUGAUGUGUGUAGAUCGCCUGACAGCGAAGAAGGGAACGAGAUGGUGUUUUGUGAUUCGUGCAACAUAUGUGUUCACCAAGCGUGUUACGGGAUCACAGCCAUCCCCUCGGGCUCCUGGCUCUGUCGUACUUGCUCACUAGGCAUCAAACCUGACUGUGUUCUCUGUCCCAACAAAGGAGGUGCCAUGAAGUCCACUAAAUCUGGACAAAAAUGGGCUCAUGUGGCAUGUGCUCUUUGGAUUCCUGAAGUGUCGAUUGGUUCGGUCGAAAGGAUGGAACCUAUCACAAAGAUCCCUAACAUACCGCAAAGUCGAUGGGCGCUUGUUUGCGUGUUGUGCCGAGAACGUCGUGGUGCCUGCAUACAAUGUUCCGUCAAAACCUGCAAAACGGCUUACCAUGUAACCUGUGCCUUCAAGCAUGGCUUGGAGAUGAAAGCCAUCAUCGAGGACGAAAGUGCUGAUGACGGAGUCAAGCUAAGAUCAUAUUGUGAGAAGCACAGUGUGUCCAGCAAGAAACUUGGAGGAGAGGAUGCAGAAAGUGAGGAAGGCGAUGAGGGUGCCCCUAAAAAGAAGAAAGAUUGGACGUCGGAGCAAAAGAACCAGGCGCGUGCUGCAAAAUUGCGGCAGAUAGAGUCGGAGUUCUUCAAGCAUGUCGAUGUCCUUGAAACUUCAAACUUCCUAGAUAUAGAUUUUGAAACCACAGAAACUAUAUUUAAUUACUGGAAGCUUAAAAGACGGGCAAGUUUCAACAAGCCGCUGCUGACACCACGCAGCGAAGAAAUCGACCUUCUAUCUCAUCAGCAGGAGCACGACAUCGAACGCAUGAAGAUGUUUGUGCAGUUACGCCAAUACCUGGAGAGGGUUCGUAAUCUGUGUUACAUGGUGAAUCGUCGGGAAAGACUAUCACGAUCGUUCAUCAAGAUUCGUGAGCAGACGUUUUCCAAGCAAGUGUCCCUCUUAAGCAGCAAUAGCAUGAACCUAACUCCUCAGGAAAUAGAAGCGGUAAUGGAAGCCAAUCAUGGCCACUCUGUUUAUGACCAGCUCUACUCUCACCACACCGCCCCUCUUCACACCCAGAAGCAGUUUGAGAAGAUUGUUGCGUGCAUUGCUGGCACUUUAACUGAGAAGGUCAAGAGUAGAAAACCACCGUUGAAGAAAGAUGUGAAUGGGCUCAUUAGACCUAAGAAGGAAAAAUCCGACAAUCCAUAUAAGAAGCUGUACGUUAAUGGCGCCGAACAGCGGCGCUCUCGUUCUAGUUCUCUGUGUAGCACCAGUGACUCGGAUUCCUCUCUAGCAAUGAAUAAGUGGAUUCCCCCUCCAAAGGGCAAUGCACGUUAUUCUGUUUACACCAGCAGUGAGGAGGAGAUGAAUAAGGAGAACCACUCCAUCAAACAUGAGCCAGCGUCGAGUAAGUGCAAACUCACAUCCUUGGAAAGCAGUGACAAGGAGAAGCCUGUGAUUGAAAGUGGCAGUGUGUCGGUGAGAGGAAGAGUUGGGAGAAGAAGAAGAGGCAGUGGUCGAGCCAAUGCCAUCAAAAGUGCGUCCUUCAGGGAUCGUAUUCCCGCAUCCAGUGAUGAUAAAGAUACAAAAGAUUUUGAUGCCCUGAUAGAAAAAACUAUAAAAAGUGAAACAAAUGCGUCAUCCUCUAAAACAGUUAGGGAGCAUCCUCCUGUAGAAAGUUCUGAGGAUGAAACAGAGACGGUUAGUAAACCGAAACCACAACCCGGUAAAAGAAGAAAUAAGAAAAAGGUGACACCUCCCAAGGUUGACUCUAGUGUGAGCAGUGAGGACGAGCCUGCAGUCACAGUUACUCCGUCUAAAGAGAAAAAGCCCAAUCGCAAAGGAAAGUGGGGGAAAGGUGCAGUGGGAAUUGAACCCGUAAGUGUGAGUUCUCCGGCAUGUGAACCUCCUAAGUUAGAGUUAAGUGAUGAUGAUGAGUUAGGUCCUCCAACAUACAAACUAUCUAGUGAUGAGGACAACAGUGAAAAGAGUAAUGAUCCAGCGGCUGUUGUUAGUGAUGCGUGUGGUGUCAGUGACCGGACAGAUAGCAGUUCUGAUAAUGGUCGCAAUACGGCUUUAAGUAAAGGACCAAAGAAACGUGAGAAAAAGGGUGAAACUGUUUUAAGUGAUAGUGAUGUGAAUAGUGAUGAUGAAAAUAAGGAAAGUACCAUAGAUUCUCAAAAUCAUGCAACAUUGAAAACCAAGGCAGCUAAGAAGGAGUUUACUCCAAAGAUAGAAGCAAAGGCUGAGCGAAUGAACAAAAAGAAAAGUGAUAAGAGUGGCAAAACGGUCAAAAAGACGGCUGUUGUUGACAAAAGUAAAAACGAGACAAAACAAGCAGAAGAAAUUGAUUCAGAGCUUAGUAGCACAAAGGGCAGUGAAGUGGAAGCUACUUCUGGUCAUUUGUUUGUUCCGCAGAGAAAGGCUGCUAAGAAGGCGUCGGAACUCAUCACUAGUCAGAACACAACGAGUACCUCUGCGACCACUGCUGUGGCUGUUGCAUCAUCAACGCCUGCAGAGACAACAACAGCUGAGGCAAAGAAGGUUGGUGCAAAACAAGUUAAAGAGGUGAAGGAAGAAUCUGAAGAGCCUGAAAUCAUUGAAGAAAGAAAAUUGUCUGAUGAAAAGAAAGUAACGCCAACUAAAGGAAGAAAAGGGAAAAUUACCAAGGAUAAAAAUGAUAAAGCUGUUGAUGAUUUAAAAACUGAAGGAAGUGAUGUUCCCAAAAAGAACAUGUUUGAGCCUCCAGAAAUUUUACCUUAUGUACCAAUGCGGCAAGCGGCAAAGAAGGCUGCGGAAAACCUCAAAGGGGUCAAUAGUAAAGGUGCUUCAGUCAGUACUGGUGUGGAAGAUCCCGAAGUGCCACCUGCUCCUGUCGUACCACCAACUAAAACAAAGCGAAUCUCACGCCAGGAGAGUAAAGGUAGUGGAAGAUCAAAAUCAAAGUCACCGCGUGCAGCCAAGCAUCUUUCACCAGCUAAUGUUACAAACUCAGAAUCGGAGAGUGAAUCAGAAAGCUCAUCAGUAACAAGGAAAGGACCAAAAGAUUUGCAGAAACUAUCCAAGUCCAUAUUUUCAGACAGUGAAGAAGAAUCUGUGACUUCUGCCAAAAAGGAAAAACUCGUUAAAGAGAAGCCUGAACCAGUGCCUGAAGCACCAAAGGAAACGUCAUCUGCUGAGCAGUUUUUUCGUGGCGACAUAUUUGUCAGAGAAUAUCAGAGCUCGUCAGAUGAGAAUGACGGUGAAAGACCCUCCACUCCUGGAAAGAAGACUCGCCUGUCUCCAACUCAUAAACCAGUUGAUGAAGGCCAAGAGUCCUCCUCAAAGAAUCAGCCCUUUCAUGGUCCAGCAAACAUCUCGGGUGACUUACGGCUCACCUCUGACAGCGAGAGAGAGGAUGAAAACCAGGAACCGGCAGUUGGAACCCUUAGGAAGGCCCCUGAUAAGAAGCUUAAAACUUCCGAAGGGCGGCCUGAACAUGGGUUUCAGCCGCCGAUUACUGAGAGAAGUGAAUCCAGAGUGCCCACUGAGAUGGAAGAUGCCAGUACAAAACCAGCUGUCAGAAGAGAGGCUGGACUGGAGUCAAGAUUGCGUCAAAGUGGGGCUCAGUGCCGACCGAGAACUCCUUCUGGUGAUGUCCCCAUGCAAAACGUCAGAAGUAACUCUCAUGCGCCACCCAGAGGACCAAGAAGAGGAAGAGAGAGAGAACCGCCUCCACUCACCCACAGCCUUGGUGCCAGCCACGGCAAACUCCCUGGAAGGCGAGAGGUACAGCUUGAGGAAUCACUCAGAUCCAGCAAGAAGGUCACUGAGGGAAUCAGCGAAGAGAAGACAGCCUCAGGAAUCACCACCUCCGAAAAAAAGGAGACGGUAAAAGAAACUGUUGUGGCCUGGGAUAAGAAAGAGCUCUUAAGAGAAAGGAAAGAAACUUUAAGAGAAAAAGAAAUAAUAAAGGAGAAAGAAGUAGCGAGAGAGAGAGAGCAAGAAGCAUUAAAAGAAAAGGAAGCCUUAAAGGAAAAGGAAGCCUUAAAAGAAAAGGAAGCCUUAAAAGAGAAAGAAGCAUUAAGAGAAAAGGAAGCAUUAAGAGAGAAGGAAGCCUUAAGAGAAAAGGAAGCCUUAAGAGAAAUAGAAGCCUUAAGAGAAAAAGAAGCCUUAAGAGAAAUGGAAGCCUUAAGAGAGAAGGAAGCCUUAAGAGAAAUGGAAGCCUUUAGAGAAAAGGAAGCCUUAAGAGAAAAAGAAGCAUUAAGAGAAGCUUUAAGGGAGAAGGAAGCAUUACGAGAGAAAGCAUUAAAAGAAGAAUUAAGAGAGAAGGAAGCAUUAAGAGAGAAGGAAGCAUUGAGAGAGAGAGAAGCGUUACGAGAGAGAGAAGCGUUACUAGAGAGAGAAGCGUUACGAGAGAAAGAAGCGUUACAAGAGAAAGAAGCAUUACGAGAGAAAGAAGCAUUGAGAGAGAAAGCAUUAAAAGAAGAAUUAAGAGAAAAAGAAGCGUUAAGAGAGAAAGAAGCAAUAAGAGUGAGAGAGGCAUUAAAAGAGAAAGAAGCCAAGAGAGAAAGAGAAGCGUUAAGAGAGAGAGAAUCCGAGAGAGAAAUGCUAAGAGAGAGAGAAAAGCCUAAAGACAGAGAUUCACCCUUAAAAGAAAGUGUACAUAAAAAUAAGGAUGUAACAGAUAGAGAAAAUGAAAUGGCACCACUUUCAAAGAAUAUACUUUCAAGAGAGCACGAAGUGUUAUCAAAAGAAUCGGAGUCUUUGGAGAGUAAUGACAUUAUAAUAGAAAAAGAAGUACAAAGGGAAAAGGCUUUACAUUCUAGAGAAAAGGUUCUUUCUCCAAGGGAAAAGGUAUUGCCUUCGAGAGAAAGGAUCUUGCCCUCGAGAGAAAGGAUCUUACCCUCGAGAGAAAGGAUCUUACCCUCGAGAGAAAGGGUCUUGCCCUCGAGAGAAAGGGUCAUGCCUUCAAGAGAAAGGAUCUUACCCUCGAGAGAAAGGGUCUUACCCUCGAGAGAAAGGGUCAUGCCUUCAAGAGAAAGGAUCUUACCCUCGAGAGAAAAGACUUUAUCGAGAGAACUACUACCGCCCAGGGAGAAAGCUUAUCCACCGAGAGACAAAGUAUUUCCACCUAAAGAAAAGGUUCUGCCAUUACGAGAUAAGAGAGACGUGUCAAGAGAAAAAGUCUUAUAUAAGGAUAAAGAAACAUUACCAGCAGAGAGGAUAGAAAUUACAAGGGAAAAUGAGUUGCCUAAAGAAAGAGACGAAGUUGCAAUUCCUCUGGAUACUUCGGAAGACGAACUAGAAUCCCAGAGUGAACGGUUACAGCCAUUACAACAAAAGUUGGAUAUGGUUACUGAAAGUGAACAAGCAAAAGAGAAAGAAAAUACAGACAAAGUUCAAGAAAGGUUACAAGAAAAAGUGGAAUUGGUUACAGAAAUGGAGCCACAACAAAUACAAGCCAAAAAUGAUGGAAGCCCAGUGAAAGUGGAGGAGCCAGUGAGACCUGUUACAGAAACAUUAGUUGAACCAGAGGUUCCUGUUAGAAAAAAGGGUUCUACAGAAGAACAGUUAGACAUUCCUGUGACUAUAGAACAACAAAAAAAGCCUGGUGUUUUUGGUUAUGUUGAUGAGGAAGUUAAGGUUGAAAGAUUAGCUGAUAUUGUUGAAACAUCAGACACGGAGCCUGAAAACAAGAGAGUUCGCAUUGGUGACAGUGAUGACGAUUCUGUGCUUGUGUCGGGAGAGAAACGAGUAGAACAGCCCAAGGACAGUGGAUAUAAGAGUGCAAUAACUACACCUGAACCUUUAGAUAGAGUUCAGCCUGUUUGUAAUGAAGUGGUAAAUGUAAAUAGUGUUGUAAAUAAUUUUAUGCCAGAGGAGUCGUGUAUAGAAACCAUUGAUGCAAACAGUAAAACCCCGGUGGUUGUACAAAGUUCAGUGGAAUUCAAACAGUCAGUGAAAAGAUUUAUGUCCCCAACAAGAAGAAAGAACUUGGAAGAUGUCAUAGGGGAGAUGAAAAGACAGGCUGAAGCCCAACCAGAGCCCAGUAAUUCUGUUCUGCCUUCUGAAAGUCAGAGUGAGCUCACAGCUUCACCACAACACAGCCAGCCAAAUUCAUCUAGUUUUUCUGUUCCUCCACAAGAAUCUUCUAUUCCUUCUUCUCAGGCAUCAUCUGUAGAAACCUUAACUCCAAAAAGUGCAACUUCUCCAGCUGCUAAUUUUGUGGAACAGUGGCGAGGCCAAUGGGUUAAGAGUCCUCCCCCGCAGGACCACAAACUGGAUCCCAGUAGUGGUUCUCACCUUCCUCCUCACUUGCCAAUGACAGGUCUUGAUCUUGGCCUCACUACAUCUAUGUCAAUGCUAGAUUUGCAACGAGCUCUUUACCCAGAUACUCCACAUCAACUGUUUACCCCCUAUGAUAUGUUAAAUGCCCGUACCAUGCUGCCGCAAGAAGCCUUACUUUCUAAUCAGUUACGCCAGAUGUUAGAGUCCGGCAUUCCACCUCAUUUAUUUAAUUCGUUAGCAUAUUUACGGCAGCACAGUGCUUCGGAAAUUGCAGCUCUCAACCAACAACAGUAUGCACAGCCUUCUCGGGAAAAUCAGGUUCCAGAUAAACCUAGCAUACAUUCUGCUCAGGAAUUGACCAGAUUACCCAAUCUCGAUAACCGGCCGCCCACUCCAGAAAUUCUUCCAACUAAUAAUAAGGCAAAUAACCGACCAGCCGCCUCUGGUAAUAAAGUUGGCAAGCCAUUAACAUCUCCGGGAUUACCUAGUGUGAUGGCUGCACCUGUGCCUCUACCAUCUCCACCAACCACUGGGAAUAAAGUUGUCCUAGGUCUUACCUCACCCACCACUAGUAGAGGGCAGCAAAUAAUGGCAGCCAGAGAAGAAACUCUAUCUCCAGUAUUACCACACAACAAAACUGCACAACCACAACCUUCUCCGUCAAGUAUAUACAACAAAAACGACACUUCUGUUUCGUUAGCCUCACAGCCACCACAGACGUGUGUACCCCUACCAGAGAUAUCUCCUGCCGAUCAUUCAGUAUUAAUGUUGAGAGGAAACAGAGUGCCAGUAGAGGCACAAGUUUCUCCCCAGUCCAGUAAAGCUUCCCAGGUAGCCGUGUCAGCUUGCAUAACAUCUGCCGACACUGUUAAUGGAGGAAGUAAGUGCCCGAGACCACUUGUGUCUCCUACUGCCAACUCUGUUCUCAUAUCAAAGAAGGAUGUGGUGCCAACUGUAUCUAAUUCUGUAAUGACUGUAGCCAAGUCGGCUACAAAUACAACUAGUCUAAGCUCACUAAAUAAAUCUCCUCUCCCAGCUGUGAUGAGUCCCACCAGUCAAAGGGAAUCUUCACCACAGCACACUACUGUAGAUGUACCUGAUUCAGAAAUUGAAACCAUUACUGUUGAUGAUAGUGUUAUUCAUCAGAAAGAAGAACCUACUCAAAAACGUGUGCCAAUUUAUAUGCAAGAGCCAAAACCCCAGAAAAUUUUGGAUAAAAAACCUCCUAGAUCUCGAAAAUCCUCUCCCCGGUGGAACAAAGAAAGUCCAAAAACGAGAGAAAAGAAGUCAACUAAACUUAACAGAGCAUCUUACAGUAAAGGCCGAGGGAGGAAUGCAGGCAAAGGUAAAGGUAGAGGCCACAGUCCAAGAUUUAAUUCUGUUUCAGUGCCUAAAGAGCUUGUGGGAACAGUGUAUGAUUUUGACAAUGAAUUUGAUGAUGAUGACGGUCCAGCCAACAAUACUUUGGAUGACCUUCGAAAAUCUCGUGAGAAGCGUCAGUCUGUGGACACAACCCCACAACAACAGUCAACUGCGCCUACAUUAAUCAUUGACCUUAAGGAACAGUCCCCUAAAAAAUCUAGCAAAAAGUCGAAGUCAUCAUAUAAGGAUAAGGGGGCUGGUAAAAUAAACAGUGGUGAUGAUGAUAAAGUUGCCAAAAUACUUGAAGAUUAUAGAAAUAUGCAGAACUCCCAGUUACGUAGAAGUGUCCACUCGCCAACACCACCCCAUGGAGACACUAUACCAGAUGGUCCACCAAAAACACCAGAUAGAUUGCAAAAUUUGCCACCAUUUGGUGUGGAGUACACAGCAAACAUAUCUGAAACUAAAUUAACAAUAUCAAACAUAAGUGAGGCAAGAGAGACUAACCAGAGUUCAGAACUGACAGUUAUUCAGACAGCUGCUGGGGACCACAGUAAAGUCUCUCUCGCUGUACCUACUGCACAAAUUGGCAUAGAUGAGAGAACCAAUCAACUGAAGCUCAAAAUUAAAGGGCCUUAUGCUAACUCGUACUCAACUAGCAAUACAGCAGCUCCACCACAAGAGGCAGUUGGGGCCCCAACACCAACGUCUACGACUUCAACUUUGCGACGAAUGAGAAAGAAGGAACUUAUCCGGCAGUAUUGUUAUCAGGAUCAAAUGCCAGCUGAACCACCAGAUUCGGGGCCUAUUAACAGUACUCCAAAUCCAACUCCACAUGUAAGAACUGGAAUCACAAUUCCCAAGGCGGUAGCUUCCAUGACAUCUAUACCAACAAGAGAAGAUUACAAGAUGUACACACAAGAUGAGCCUCCUAGCACUGCGGCAGGUGGAGGUAGAAGAAAGAGACCACCAAGAGAGCUUAGGCAUCUGAAAGUGUGGGCUAUAAGGGAAGAAUCAGGUAAACGUAAUUCAGAAGCAACGGAAAUUGGAGAUACCAGCAGAAAGAGACCAAGAGGUGCUAAAGAGUCUAAAAAUCUGGAGGAGAAAGAUGUGUCUAAUGCCAAACCUCCACCAAAACUAAGAAUAAGUUUGGGCAAGAAAGGCAGUGAAGUUACUACUGUUACCAUGGACACUAAAGAAUUGGCUGGGAAGCAACGUCCACCUAAGAAACGACAUGCUGAAGAAAACCCUAUGGUUAAAAUUAAGAGUGAUAACAUGAAAUUUCGCGAACAAAUUAUGGCCGACUUUGAUAAGCCGGUUAAGAAGAGUGGCCUGAAGAGCUCAGACAGAGAAAAGAAGGCAAAAAAACGGAAGGUAUAUUCUGGGGAGACUGGUCACAGUUCUUGUGCAGAGAAUAAGGAUCUCAACUCUGUUGAAAAGCAUGAUAUUAAAGUGAUUGCGGGGGAUAGCACAAAUGCUCCAAAAUUAGUCAUAAGGUUUGGGAAAGGUAAAAGUGAUAACUCGAGUAACAUUAAAAAUUCCAAGGGAGAGACGAACGAUUCUAGUAGUUAUAAAGAUGAUAGGCUUGAUUCAGAUACUAUCAUGCCUCAUUCCUUGAAGAUUCGGUUAUCCUUGCCAAAGCCUGAUUCUGAUUCAAAUAAAGAAGAAUCUUCUGUUCCUAAAGUGCCCCUAAAAUUGAAGUUAUCUAGACGCUUAGAUGGUUAUGUUGCCUCCAAUACUCCCAGAAAGCCUCAACCUGAUAUACAGGACCAAGGACCGGGUCCUCCUCCUCCUAAACCACCUGAUCUUCCCCCAGAAUCCCAAUCGGAAAAAAAUAUAUCUAAUUUAACCCCUCCGUCGCCGCCACCUCCAUUCAAUCCUUCAAUGCCAAGCGAGUCUCAGGCAGGAUCCCGGUUAUCACAACAGGAAAAUCCUAAUCGGCUUACUGCUCCUUUGUACGAUAUAUACCCUCGGAAAGUUGAACCCCCUACCUGUACAGCACCUGAACAGCUAAAUCUGGGCCCAGUAGAAUAUGGUCUUGGAGGACUGGGUCCACCCCCAAGAUCUGAUGUACAAGAAGAUUUGUUUCAAAGAUUAGAGGCUCAAAUAGCAGCUGCCAGCAGAAGCGUUACAGAAAGCGGAGACCCGGCUGGCAGCUUAGGGUCUCCUCGGCAGCAAUCAGGACCACCUUUACCAGACGUCCCCUCAAUACACCACACGUUAUACCCAUACAAGGAAGGCUCUGACUGCAGAUGAUAAUUGCUUCUCUUUCAUAGUAAUAACUUUAAUAUUUACAAUAAUGUAACAAACUACCAUAAUUAUGUACAAAUGUAGAUACCGUUGGUGUUGCUCACUCGAUGCACUAUGUUAGUUACGCAAGGAUUUAAUCACUUGCAUCUCAUGGGCUGAUGGCAGCCACAAUUUCUGUUCUCUUUUUAUUAAUGUAAUGUUCUGCACUGUCAUUUGUUAGGGAAAAAUACUCGCUCCCCAGAAGGAAUUUUACAAGGGUAUGGCUACACUGUUGGCUAUGAUUGUUAAUGUGAUGGGUGAGUCAGGAGGGAGCACCUCUGGUCUCCCCCAUACAGCCAUGUUAAGAUAAUUGUUCACUCUGCAAGCCCCACAAGGCCCCAGCCACCAGAUGUGGUUCCCCUGGUUCACCUGCUCCACCCUCAGUCGGCUACUUUAGCCAAACGUCUUGUUUCCUUGCCUGUUUUUACUGUCACUUUUGUAUGGAAUGUGAGGGUGGUUGUUGUUGAGCAUGGCAGUGUGGUGGGCACGGCGCCCCUGACCCCUGGCUGGGUCCCCCUGGACCCCUGACCUUGGGGCCCUGAGCGCCGGACCCAUUGUUCCGGGGAGGACUUGUGUUCCCAUAUUUUGAUAUCUUUUUUACCAUUGUAAAUAGAAAGGAAUGUACAAAUUACUGUAUUUGCUUUUUGUAAUUUUAUUACUUUUGUACAGUUUUAAGUUCUGAUUGCUCAUCAGACAUAACUUAUGUUUUAUUAAACUUGGAAUUAUUUAUUUUUUGACUUCUCUAAGUGUCACAAAUUUCCAUGCCAUUACUGUCAUUUAAUAUAUAGAUUUCUUGGCUUUUUAAUUCUUCACUUUGUUGUAAGGACAAGUUGUUUCCGUGAAGACUGAGUUGUUUAUCUACUAGAAGGCAGAAGAUUGUAAUAUAUUUCUUGAUUCCUCAACAGAGAGAUAGUCUUGUAAAUCUUAGUGUCAUGUGAUACAUUAAUAUUAUUGAAAUAUAAAUUUUUUAUGUUAUAUA